GCCCAACCGGGAGCCGCUCUGCCGCCGCCGUCGCCGCCGCCCCCGCCGCCCGGGAGCCCAGGCCCCGCCGCCGCGGAGGAGGUGUCCAGACAGCCCAGCCAGCUUCUUGGGCCCUAGGCCCCUCCCACAAUGCCUGUCGCUUGUCUCCUCCUCUGGGCUUCCCUACUGACUGGGGCCUGGCCAGCCACCCCCACCCAGGACCACCUCCCGGCCACGCCCCGCGUCCGGCUCUCAUUCAAAGAGCUUAAGGCCACAGGCACUGCCCACUUCUUCAACUUCCUGCUCAACACAACAGACUACCGGAUCCUGCUCAAAGACGAGGACCACGACCGCAUGUACGUGGGCAGCAAGGACUACGUGCUGUCCCUGGACCUGCAUGACAUCAACCGUGAGCCCCUCAUUAUCCACUGGGCAGCCUCCCCACAGCGCAUUGAGGAGUGUGUGCUCUCAGGCAAGGAUAGCAAUGGUGAGUGCGGGAACUUCGUCAGGCUCAUCCAGCCCUGGAACCGAACGCACCUGUACGUGUGUGGGACCGGUGCCUACAACCCCAUGUGCACCUAUGUCAACCGCGGCCGCCGAGCCCAGGCUACGCCCUGGACCCAGACGCAGGUGGUCAGAGGCCGAGGCAGCAGAGCCACGGAUGGUGCCCUCCGCCCGACGCCCACAGCCCCACUCCAGGAUUACAUCUUCUAUCUGGAGCCGGAGAGACUCGAGUCAGGGAAGGGCAAGUGUCCGUACGACCCCAAGCUGGACACAGCUUCAGCCCUCAUCAACGAAGAGCUCUAUGCCGGUGUGUACAUCGACUUCAUGGGCACCGACGCUGCCAUCUUCCGCACGCUGGGGAAGCAGACGGCCAUGCGCACGGACCAGUACAACUCUCGGUGGCUGAAUGACCCCUCCUUCAUCCACGCUGAGCUCAUCCCCGACAGCGCGGAGCGCAACGACGACAAGCUCUACUUUUUCUUCCGCGAGCGGUCAGCCGAGGCGCCGCAGAGCCCAGCGGUGUACGCCCGCAUCGGGCGCAUCUGCCUGAACGACGACGGUGGCCACUGCUGCCUGGUGAACAAGUGGAGCACAUUCCUGAAGGCGCGGCUGGUGUGCUCCGUGCCCGGGGAGGACGGCAUCGAGACUCACUUUGAUGAGCUCCAGGACGUGUUUGUGCAGCAGACCCAGGAUGUGAGGAACCCCGUCAUUUAUGCCGUCUUUAUCUCCUCGGGCUCCGUGUUCCGAGGCUCUGCCGUGUGCGUCUACUCCAUGGCUGACAUCCGCAUGGUCUUCAAUGGGCCCUUUGCCCACAAGGAGGGCCCCAACUACCAGUGGAUGCCCUUCUCUGGGAAGAUGCCUUACCCACGGCCCGGCACGUGCCCUGGAGGAACCUUCACGCCAUCCAUGAAGUCCACCAAGGACUACCCUGACGAAGUGAUUAACUUCAUGCGCAGCCACCCGCUCAUGUACCAGGCUGUGUACCCUCUGCAGAGGCGGCCCCUGGUCGUCCGCACGGGUGCACCCUACAGGCUCACCACCGUUGCUGUGGACCAGGUGGAUGCAGCCGACGGGCGCUAUGAGGUGCUUUUCCUGGGCACAGACCGCGGGACAGUGCAGAAGGUCAUUGUGCUGCCCAAGGAUGACCAGGAGAUGGAGGAGCUCAUGCUGGAGGAGGUAGAGGUCUUCAAGGAGCCAGCACCUGUUAAGACCAUGACCAUCUCUUCCAAGAGACAACAACUAUACGUGGCGUCUGCUGUGGGUGUCACCCACCUGAGCCUGCACCGUUGCCAGGCGUAUGGGGCUGCCUGUGCCGACUGCUGCCUCGCCCGGGACCCCUACUGUGCCUGGGAUGGCCAGUCCUGCUCCCGCUACACAGCAUCUUCCAAGAGGCGGAGCCGCCGGCAGGAUGUCCGGCACGGGAACCCCAUCAGGCAGUGUCGCGGGUUUAACUCCAACGCCAACAAGAAUACGGUGGAGUCCGUGCAGUAUGGCGUGGCAGGGAGCGCGGCCUUCCUCGAGUGCCAGCCUCGCUCGCCCCAGGCCACUGUUAAGUGGCUGUUUCAGCGAGACCCCAGUGACCGGCGCCGUGAGAUUCGUGCCGAGGACCGCUUCCUGCGCACAGAGCAAGGCUUGCUGCUCCGCGCCCUGCAGCCUGGGGACCGUGGCCUCUACUCCUGCACGGCCACCGAGAACAACUUCAAGCAUGUCGUCACGCGGGUGCAGCUGCACGUCCUGGGCCGGGACGCCGUCCACGCUGCCCUCUUCCCACCACCAGCGGCAAGCGCCCCACCACCCCCUGGCGCCGGCCUCCCCACACCCCCUUACCAGGAGCUGGCCCAGCUGCUGGCCCAGCCUGAAGUGGGCCUCAUCCACCAGUACUGCCAGGGCUACUGGCGCCACGUGCCCCCAAGCCCCAGGGAGGCCCCAGGCGCACCCAGGCCUCCCGAACCCCAGGACCAGAAGAAGCCCCGGAACCGCCGCCAUCACCCACCGGACACAUGAGGCCAGCUGCCUGAGCCUUGCGAUGGGCCGGCCUCGGCCUCGUCC